CGCUGAAAAGUCGCGGGGAAGAACAACGACGAGUCGCCGACGACUUCUCUCUGUGACGAAACACAGAGAGAGAGAGCUGAGAGAGAGAACAAACAGGGAGGAAGUCAUCGAAUUGCUCUUUGGGGGACGAAAUUUAGAACAGAACAAGCAAUCCCCUGUUGAAUCUGAAGGAGCGCAGACACAGAGAGAGCCAAAUGGAUCAGAUAAUGAACAAGGUGGGGUCGUACUGGUUGGGCCAGAGAGCCAACAAGGAGAUCGACUCCGUCGGCGAUGAUAUCACUUCUAUGUCGACCAGCAUUGAAGGAGGAGCCAAGUGGUUAGUUAACAAAAUGAAAGGGAAAAUGCAAAAGCCACUACCAGAACUGCUAAAGGAAUAUGACAUGGCAGUUGGCAUCUUUCCUCGAGAUGCUACCCACUAUGAGUUCAAUGAAGAGACGGGCAAACUUGUUGUCUAUGUUCCCUCAAUUUGUGAAGUGGGUUAUAGAGAUUCAUCUGUUUUGCGCUUCUCAACCAUAGUCACUGGAUAUCUGGGGAAAGGGAAACUAGCUGAUAUAGAGGGGAUGAAGACAAAGGUGCUGAUCUGGGUGAAAGUUACCUGCAUCUCAACUGACGGGGGGAAGCUCCAUUUCACAGCUGGGGUGAAGAAAACCAGGAGUAGAAAUGCUUAUGAGGUUCUCCGAGAUGGUGUGGGUGUAGAUAAGUUCUGAGUUGGAAGUUGAUAUGUAACACGUUUCUGAUAGUUCUGGAAUCCAUAUGAUUAGUUUCUCAACCACUGGUUGCUGUAAACAUAAAUGCUAUAGACCAAAAAUAUGUGUCCUGUUUGUACUUUUGAGUCUUGCAGCUGAUGGUAUCUUCUUAUGUAUUCUAUUUA